AUGUCCAAACCGUGGAUUCUCGUCUCCCCAGCAAGCCGCGGGAUCGGCCACGCCCUGACGCGGCACCUGCUCCGGAAAACAACCGCUCCUAUAUUUGCAACGGCCCGGACUGAUCUAUCCGGCGUACGGACGUCUAUCCUAGAUAAUCUAUAUGCGUCGUCACCUCCCGAAUCUACAGGAGAUAAAAACAAAGAAUCAGCCUCGGCGGCUGAAAGACUACACAUAGCCCAAGUAGACGUAACAGACGAAUCUACACUACGCUCCGCCUCCGCAGAAGCUUCCAGACUAUUCCCUCCAGGAACGCACCAUCUCCGUCUCGCGUUCGCACUCCCGGGGAUCCUAUACCCAGAAAAAAGCCCCCAAGACAUCGACUACGCGCAUGCGCUGCACACAUUCCAAACCAACACCCUCGGCCCCCUCCUCCUAAUGAAAUGGUUCGGGAACUACCUCCCGCGGAAAAGCGUCGUGAUAUCCCCCUCGCCCCUAUUCCCUAACACUUCCACCGACUUUAGCCACGCAACAUGGCUCACGGCCUCGGCGCGCGUGGGCUCGACGGCGGAUAACAAGCUGGGAGGAUGGUACACGUACCGGGCGUCCAAGGCGGCGGUAAACAGCCUGACCAAGACGUUCGAUCUCCACCUGCGGGCGCGGUGCGCGGAUGCCGCGGGGGCUAUCGCGUAUCACCCGGGAACGGUGCGGACGGGCUUGAGCCGCGAGUACUGGGGUCGUGUGCCGGUGGAGCAGCUGUUUACCCCCGAGUACGCCGUUGAGCGGAUGUUGGAGGUGGUGCGGACGAGGAAGAUUAGGGAGGAUAGGGGUCGUUGCUGGGAUCAUCGAGGCGAUGAGAUUCUGCCCUGA